AUGCUCGCCACGGCGGCCACCGUGCGGAUCCUGAUCAAGGGGGGGAAGGUGGUGAAUGAUGACUGCACACUGGAGGCCGACGUCUACAUUGAGAACGGCAUCAUCCAGCAAGUGGGGCGUGAGCUGAUGAUCCCUGGUGGCGCCAAGGUCAUCGACGCCACCGGCAAGCUCGUCAUCCCUGGUGGCAUCGACACCAGCACCCACUUCCACCAGACCUUCAUGAACGCCACUUGUGUGGAUGACUUCUACCAUGGCACCAAGGCAGCCCUGGUGGGGGGGACAACGAUGGGGAUCGGCCACGUCCUGCCAGACCAGGAGACCUCACUGCUGGAAGCCUACGAGAAGUGCCGUGGCUUGGCUGACCCCAAGGUCUGCUGUGACUAUGCCCUGCACAUGGGCGUCACUUGGUGGGCACCCAAGGUGAAGGCGGAGAUGGAGACACUGGUGCGGGAGAAGGGGGUGAACUCCUUCCAGAUGUUCAUGACCUACAAGGACCUCUACAUGCUGCGGGACAGUGAGCUCUACCAGGUCUUCCGGGCUUGCCGUGACUUCGGGGCCAUUGCCCGGGUCCACGCUGAGAACGGCGAACUGGUGGCUGAGGGAGCCAAGGAGGCGUUGGACCUGGGCAUCACUGGCCCAGAGGGCAUCGAGAUCAGCCGGCCAGAGGAGCUGGAAGCUGAAGCCACCCACCGUGUCAUCACCAUUGCCAACAGGACCCAUUGCCCCGUCUACCUGGUGAAUGUCUCCAGCAUGUCUGCAGGGGACGUCAUUGCUGCUGCCAGGAUGCAGGGGAAGGUGGUCUAUGGCGAGACCACCACGGCGCACGCCACGCUCACUGGUCUGCACUACUACCACCAGGACUGGUUCCACGCUGCCGCCUUCGUCACCGUGCCCCCGCUGCGCCUCGACACCAACACCUCCGCCUACCUCAUGAGCCUGCUGGCCAAUGACACACUGGCAGUGGUGGCCUCAGACCACCGUCCCUUCAGCACCAAGCAGAAGGCCAUGGGCCGAGAGGACUUCACCAAGAUCCCCCACGGUGUCAGCGGGGUGCAGGACCGCAUGAGCGUCAUCUGGGAGCGUGGCGUGGUGGGGGGGAAGAUGGACGAAAACCGGUUCGUGGCUGUCACCAGCUCCAACGCUGCCAAGCUCCACAACCUGUACCCCCGCAAGGGCCGCAUCGUCCCUGGCGCCGAUGCCGACGUCGUCGUCUGGGACCCCGAGGCCACCAAGACCAUCUCAGCCAGCACCCAGGUGCAGGGUGGGGACAUCAACCUGUACGAGAACAUGCGGUGCCACGGGGUGCCUCUGGUGACCAUCAGCCGCGGGCGGGUGGUCUAUGAGAACGGGGUCUUCAUGUGUGCUGAGGGCACGGGGCAGUUCUGCCCCCUCCGCUCCUUCCCCGACACGGUCUACAAGAAACUGGUGCAGCGGGAGAAGUGCCGGGGGGUCCAGCUUGGGGGUCACAGGGCAGGGAUCACCCUGAACAUGCCCCACCCAUACCUUAUUGCUGGGGGAGGGGUUCAGCGUGGCAUUGCCAGGGGCUCUCAGAUCGAUGACCACGUCCCGAAGCGAGCGUCGGCCCGGAUCCUCGCCCCCCCCCGGGGCCGGUCGAGCGGCAUUUGGUAG